UCCUGUCUCAACCUCCACUCCGAGCGGCGGGUCGGUCCUGCGGAUCACCGAGCUGACACAUUGCUCUUCAUUCCGGGAAGGGGAAUCAGUGAGACGUCGGAAAGUGAAGCGGUCAGCACCUCCCAACACGGACACAGAGCUCACCUGCCGUGCCUGUUGCUGAAAGCAAGGGUGUGGUCAGGAUAUGAUAGUGCAAGCCUGGACAGAGAGAAAUAACAUUCCAUUCUCCCCUUGCCCUAAUCAAAGCAUCACUACAGCAAUUUCCUUCAGGAAUCUUAGAGAGUCGAAACGUGCUGUCAAGCAGACCAGCAACCAUGACGGACGCGGACAAGUUCCUGUAUGGAGACCGCAGUGGCAUAAAUGACCCUCUGGCCCAGGCCGACUGGGCCUCCAAGAAGCUGGUGUGGGUCCCCAGUGAGAAGCAGGGCUUUGAGGCCGGUUCGCUCAAAGAGGAGAAGGGUGACGAAUGUGUGGUGGAGCUGGCGGACUCUGGCAAGAAGGUGAAGGUAAACAAGGAUGACAUUCAGAAAAUGAACCCCCCCAAGUUCAGUAAGGUGGAGGAUAUGGCCGAGCUCACUUGCCUGAACGAAGCCUCCGUCCUGCACAACCUUAAGGAGAGAUACUACUCCGGACUCAUCUAUACAUACUCAGGUCUCUUCUGUGUGGUGAUUAACCCCUACAAGUACCUGCCUAUCUACAGCGAGGAAAUUGUCAACAUGUACAGGGGCAAGAAGAGGCACGAGAUGCCCCCCCACAUCUAUGCCAUCACUGACACGGCCUACAGGAGCAUGGUGCAGGAUCGUGAGGAUCAGUCCAUCCUUUGCACUGGUGAGUCAGGAGCUGGGAAAACAGAGAAUACAAAGAAGGUCAUUCAGUAUCUUGCUCAUGUGGCUUCAUCCUCAAAGUCCAAGAAAGACCAGGGCAGUGCUGUGUUUUCACAUGGGGAGCUGGAAAAGCAGCUGCUGCAGGCCAACCCCAUCCUGGAGGCCUUUGGCAAUGCAAAGACAGUCAAGAACGAUAACUCUUCCAGAUUUGGAAAAUUUAUCCGAAUCAACUUUGACGUCAACGGCUACAUCGUUGGAGCCAACAUUGAAACUUAUCUGCUGGAGAAGUCUCGAGCCAUCAGACAAGCUAAAGAGGAGAGAAGCUUCCACAUCUUCUAUUACAUGCUGACCGGAGCAGGAGACAAAAUGCGCUCUGAAUUGUGUCUGGAGGAUUACAGCAAGUACCGUUUCCUGUCCAAUGGAAACGUGACCAUUCCUGGGCAGACAGACAAGGAAAUGUUCCUUGAAACCAUGGAGGCCUUUAAGAUCAUGAGCAUCCCUGAAGAGGAAAUAAUUGGUCUGCUAAAGGUGAUUUCAGCUGUGCUGCAGCUGGGGAACAUGAUAUUCAAGAAGGAACGUAACUCGGACCAGGCGUCCCUGCCUGAUGACACAGCUGCCCAGAAAGUCUGCCACCUGCUGGGCAUCAAUGUGACAGACUUCACACGAGCCAUCUUGUCUCCCAGAAUCAAGGUUGGUAGGGACUUUGUUCAGAAGGCCCAGACCCAGGAGCAGGCGGAGUUUGCUGUUGAGGCUCUGGCCAAAGCUUCGUAUGAGAGGAUGUUUCGCUGGCUGGUAUUGAGAAUCAACAAGGCUCUGGACAAGACUAAGCGACAGGGAGCAUCGUUCAUUGGAAUCCUGGAUAUUGCUGGAUUUGAGAUUUUUGAGCUAAACUCCUUCGAGCAGCUCUGCAUCAACUACACCAAUGAGAAGCUGCAGCAGCUCUUCAAUCAUACCAUGUUCAUCCUGGAGCAGGAGGAGUACCAGAGGGAAGGCAUCGAGUGGAGCUUCAUUGACUUCGGCUUGGACCUGCAGCCCUGCAUUGACCUCAUUGAAAAACAUGCUGGUCCUCCAGGGAUCCUGGCUCUGCUGGAUGAAGAGUGCUGGUUCCCUAAAGCCACCGACAAAACGUUUGUUGAGAAACUGGUUCAAGAGCAGGGAACUCACCCAAAGUUUGUUAAACCCAAGAAACUCAAGGAUGAUGCCGACUUCUGCAUUAUUCACUAUGCAGGAAAGGUGGAUUACAAAGCGAAUGCAUGGCUGAUGAAAAACAUGGACCCCCUGAAUGAGUGUGUGGCCACUCUGCUAAACCAGUCCACUGACAAGUUUACUUCUGACCUGUGGAAAGACGUGGACCGUAUCGUCGGACUGGAUAAGGUGGCAGGAAUGUCUGAGUCUGGUCCGUUCAAGACCCGUAAAGGCAUGUUCCGCACAGUAGGCCAGCUGUACAAGGAGCAGCUAGGGAACCUCAUGACCACUCUCAGAAACACCAACCCCAACUUUGUGCGUUGCAUAAUUCCCAACCACGAGAAGAAGGCUGGUAAACUGGACUCUCACCUGGUUCUAGAUCAGCUGAGAUGUAACGGAGUCUUGGAGGGAAUUCGUAUCUGCAGACAGGGCUUCCCCAACCGGAUCGUCUUCCAGGAGUUCAGACAGAGAUAUGAAAUCCUCACUCCAAAUGCCAUUCCAAAGGGGUUCAUGGAUGGCAAGCAAGCCUGUGUGCUCAUGAUCAAGGCCUUGGAGCUGGACCCCAAUCUGUUCCGCAUCGGCCAAAGUAAAGUGUUUUUCAGAGCUGGAGUCUUGGCCCACCUGGAGGAGGAGAGAGACAUGAAGAUCACUGACGUGAUCAUGAGCUUCCAGGCCUGGUGCAGAGGAUAUGUAGCUCGGAAAGCCUUUGCUAAGAGACAGCAGCAGCUGACCGCCAUGAAAGUCAUCCAGCGAAACUGUGCUGCUUACCUCAAACUCAGGAACUGGCAGUGGUGGAGGGUUUUCAUCAAGGUGAAGCCUCUGCUACAGGUGUCCCGGCAGGAGGAGGAGAUGAUCGCUAAGGAAGAAGAGCUGCUCAAGGUGAAGGAGAAACAAAUCCAAGCUGAGGAGCAACUCAAAGAAUACGAGGCUAAACAGCAACAGCUGAGUGCAGAGAAGCAGGCCCUUCAGGAGCAGCUGCGGGCAGAGACCGAGCUUUGUGCAGAGGCUGAAGAGAUGAGAGCCCGUCUGGCCACAAGAAAGCAGGAGCUGGAGGAGAUGUUGCAUGACCUGGAGUCCCGGCUGGAGGAAGAGGAGGAGAGGGUCAAUCAGAUGCAAACUGAGAAAAAGAAGAUGCAGCAGAACAUCACAGACCUGGAGCAGCAGCUAGACGAGGAGGAGGCAGCCAGACAGAAGCUUCAGCUGGAGAAGGUCACCACAGAUGCCAAACUGAAGAAACUAGAAGAGGAUGUUAUUCUGCUGGAUGAUCAGAAUAGCAAGCUCAACAAGGAAAAGAAACUGCUUGAGGAGAGGAUCUCUGAGUUUACCAUUAAUUUAGCUGAGGAGGAAGAGAAGUCCAAAAGCUUGCAGAAGCUCAAGAAUAAACAUGAAACCAUGAUCACUGAUUUAGAAGAUCGUUUGAGAAAAGAGGAGAAGAUGCGCCAGGAGCUUGAGAAAAACCGUCGUAAACUUGAGGGAGACUCCACUGAGCUCCAUGACCAGAUUGCAGAUCUGCAGGCCCAAAUUGCUGAGCUCCGUGCUCAGCUGGCAAAGAAGGAGGAGGAACUCCUUGCUGCAUUAGCCAGGAUCGAGGAAGAGUCUGCAGCGAAGAACACAGCCCAGAAGAAAAUCAGGGAGCUGGAGGCACAGAUCUCUGAGCUGCAAGAAGAUUUGGAGCUGGAGAGGCAGGCCCGAUCUAAGGCAGAGAAACAACGCAGGGACCUGGGAGAGGAGCUGGAGGCCCUCAAGACUGAGCUGGAGGACACGCUGGAUUCCACCGCAGCACACGUAGAGCUAAGGGCCAAGCGUGAGACUGAAGUUGCUCAGCUGAAGAAGACUCUAGAGGAAGAGGCCAAGGCUCAUGAGCAGCAGAUGGCUGACAUGAGACAAAAACACAACCAGGCAUUUGAGGAGCUUAACGAACAACUGGACCAGGCCAAGAAGAACAAGAUGUCCAUGGAGAAAGCCAAGCAGGCCCUGGAGAGUGAGUGGAAUGAGCUGCAGAUAGAACUGAAGACUCUGACCCAAAGCAAAGGAGACUCUGAACACCGCCGGAAGAAGGCUGAAACACAGGUCCAAGAGCUGCAGGUCAAAUUUGGAGAAAGUGAGCGACAGAGGCAGGAGCUCUCUAAUAAGAUGAACAAGAUGCAGGCCGAGCUAGAUGCCGUCAACGGCCUUCUGAGUGAAGCAGAGGGCAAGAACAACAAAUCCAGCAAGGACCUGUCUACUGUGGAGUCUCAGCUGCAGGACACGCAGGGGCUGCUCCAAGAGGAAACUCGUCAGAAGCUCUCCCUAACCUCCCGCUUGAAGCAGAUGGAGGAGGAACAGAAUAACCUACGGGAGAUGCUGGAGGAAGAGGAGGAAAGCAAGAAAAACGUGGAGAAACAGGUUGCCUCUCUGCAGGCCCAGUUGGCAGAGAUGAAGAAGAAGGUGGACCAAGAGGGUGUAUCACUGCAGGGGGCAGAGGAAGGCCGCAAGAAGAUCCAGAGGGAGAUGGACAACAUCAUGCAGCAGCUGGAGGAGAAGACAGGAGCCUAUGACAAACUGGACAAGACAAAAACCCGUCUGCAGCAGGAGCUGGAUGAUCUUCUGGUGGACCAGGACCAUCUGAGACAGAUUGUUUCCAACCUGGAGAAGAAGCAGAAGAAAUUUGAUCAGAUGUUGGCAGAGGAAAAGGCGAUUUCAACUAAGUACGCUGAGGAGCGUGACAAAGCCGAGGCUGAAGCCAGGGAGAAGGAGACACGAGCACUCAACCUGGCCCGUGAGCUUGAGACCCUAACGGGCCUGAAGGAAGAGCUGGACCGCACCAACAAAUUGUUGAAAGCUGAGAUGGAGGGCCUGGUCUCCUCCAAGGAUGAUGUCGGCAAGAACGUCCAUGAGCUGGAGAAGUCUAAGCGGGCCAUGGAGCAGCAGUUGGAGGAGAUGAGGAUUCAGCUGGAGGAGCUAGAGGACGAGCUGCAGCUCACAGAGGAUGCUAAGCUGCGUUUGGAGGUCAACAUGCAGGCCAUGAAGGCUCAGUUUGAACGAGACCUGCAGGGCAGGGACGAGCAGGGAGAGGAGAGGAGGAAACAGCUGGUUAAACAGGUGCGUGAAAUGGAGCUCGAGCUGGAGGACGAACGUAGACAGCGCUCUCAGGCCCUUUCCUCCAAGAAGAAACUUGAGAUGGACCUGGCGGAACUGGAAGCCCAGAUCGAUCUCGCAAACAAAGGACGCGAUGAUGCUCUGAAGCAGCUGAAGAAACUCCAGGCUCAGAUGAAAGAUCUUUUGAGGGAGUUGGAGGAGCUCCGUUUGUCCAGAGAUGAUGCCGUCAAUGAGGCCAAAGAGACUGAGAAGAAGCUGAAGUCUAUGCAGGCAGAUGCCCUGCACUUCCAGGAGGAUCUGGCCACAGCUGACAGAGUUAAGAGACAGCUUCAGACUGAGAGGGAUGAGCUGCAGGAUGAGAUUAACAGCAGCAACACAAAGAAUUCUGUGCUGUUGGAUGAGAAGAGGAGGCUGGAAUCUCGCAUCGCUCAGCUGGAGGAAGAACUGGAUGAAGAACAUCUGAACACAGAGAUGGUUAAUGAUCGUGUGAAGAGAUUGAAUAUACAGACUGAUCAGCUGACCACAGAGCUAUCUUCAGAGCGCAGCAAUUCCCAGCGGCUGGAGGGUGCUCGUUCCCAGCUUGAUCGCCAGAACAAGGACCUGAAACAAAAGUUGCAGGAGCUUGAGGUCACCAUCAAGUCAAAGUACAAAUCCUCCAUUACCUCACUGGAGGCCAGGAUUGCUCAGUUGGAAGAGCAGCUGGAUGGAGAGUCAAAGGAGCGUCAGCAGGCUUCCAGGUUGGUCAGGAAGACAGAGAAGAAACUCAAAGAGGUGAUGUUGCAGGUUGAUGAUGAGCGACGCAACACAGAGCAAUUCAAAGAUCAGGUGGACAAGACGAACAGCCGAAUGCAGCAGCUGAAGCGGCAGCUCGAGGAAACUGAGGAGGAGCUGACGAGGGCCAAUGUUUACCGCAGGAGACUGCAGAGGGACCUGGAUGACGCCACUGAGUCAGCUGAUGCAAUGAACCGUGAAGUCAGCUCUCUAAAGGGCAAGCUCAGACGGGGAGAUUUGCCUUUCAACAUGCGGGCCAGUUUGACCCGCACUGGUCUCGACAGCGAGGACGAUGGGACAUCUGAAAUGUCUGAGCCCACAGCCGAGUGAGCUGAGUCAGAGAGCCAAAAUGGAAAUAAUGUGACUGCAGAUAGACUGAAAUGUUAGCCUUACAUUAACCUUUUACAUGUAAUUCUACAGGCCAAAAUAUCUCUAAAAAUAUGCAGUAAUUUUUUUUUUUUUUAAGAAAAGUUUAACAAAUGCUUUUCCUGCCUAUUUUUAUAAUUAAAGGGUAUAUUAUACUGUUAAAAUAUAAUGCUUGUAACAUGCAAUCACAAUUUCUGAAAUGGUGUUUUUGCACUUAUUCUUUUGUCCUGGAAAUAAUGGUUAUAGCCCCUGCAAAUGUUUGUACUGUAGGUUUCCCCCUCAGUCUGUUUAUCAUAUGAAAUGACAGAAAGGCACAUGGUUGGAAAAUGUUCACAUUUCCACUAUGGUAAAAUUGUUAAUGACACACACUGUUGUAUUGUCAUCUGUUUGGAUGCUGUAUAAUCCCACUGUUUUUUACACUUGGCAAUUAUAGGUGAUGGGUCAUUUAAGAGCUUCAUUAAUUAUAUAUAUUUUUCUCAAUAACAGACAGAGUUUCUACCAGUACUCUUGUCUCCCAAUUCAAACAGCAGCAUAUUUUUUUUUUUUUUUUUUUUUGUAUAAUGCCCUGCGACUGAAUUUUCAGACAGGUCAUUGAUUCACAGGUUUUUGAUCAUAUGGUUCUAAGGCUGAUUUGUUUUUUAAAAUGACUUUAUGCAAUAAAAGUAAGAAAUGCAUUGAUA